CCCCCGCAGCAACAGCAGCGCCAGCGCCAGAGGCAGUAGCAGCAGUAGCAGCAGUCUGCGUCGCUGUCGCUUUCUCUUUUGCAGCGUGCCCCUCAAUCCCCGCACAUCACCAUGCCCAACAUCGUGCUCUUCAGCGGCAGCUCUCACCAGGACCUGUCGCAGCGCGUGGCCGAUCGCCUGGGCCUGGAGCUGGGCAAGGUGGUCACCAAGAAGUUCAGCAACCAGGAGACCAGUGUUGAGAUUGGUGAAAGUGUGAGAGGGGAAGAUGUCUAUAUCAUCCAGAGUGGCUGCGGGGAAAUUAAUGACAACCUGAUGGAGCUACUCAUCAUGAUCAACGCAUGCAAGAUCGCAUCCUCAUCCAGGGUAACUGCUGUGAUACCCUGUUUCCCGUAUGCCCGGCAAGAUAAAAAGGACAAGGUAGGCGAGAGUCGUGCUCCAAUCUCCGCUAAACUUGUGGCCAACAUGCUGUCAGUUGCUGGGGCCGAUCACAUCAUCACCAUGGACCUGCAUGCCUCUCAGAUCCAGGGAUUCUUUGAUAUCCCUGUGGAUAAUUUAUAUGCAGAGCCUGCAGUUCUUCAGUGGAUUCGUGAGAACAUCACUGAAUGGAGAAACUGUAUCAUUGUUUCCCCUGAUGCUGGAGGAGCCAAAAGGGUUACAUCAAUUGCAGACAGGCUGAAUGUGGAAUUUGCUUUGAUUCACAAAGAGAGAAAGAAAGCAAAUGAAGUGGACCGGAUGGUUCUGGUGGGCGAUGUGAAGGACCGUGUGGCCAUCCUGGUGGACGACAUGGCUGACACAUGUGGUACCAUCUGCCAUGCUGCAGAUAAGUUACUCUCAGCUGGUGCCACCAAAGUUUAUGCUAUCCUUACCCAUGGGAUCUUCUCUGGGCCAGCUAUUUCCAGAAUAAAUAAUGCUGCCUUUGAAGCUGUUGUUGUCACCAACACAAUUCCACAAGAGGACAAAAUGAAACACUGCUCCAAGAUUCAGGUGAUUGACAUUUCAAUGAUCCUGGCUGAGGCCAUUCGAAGAACCCACAAUGGGGAAUCCGUGUCCUACUUGUUCAGCCACGUCCCACUGUAGUCUGGAUGGGGAUACUGAAGGUGGAGCAAGCCUCCUCCGACUUCUCACUGUCUUUGUCUGCCUGCUGUUUUAGUGUUAGGACUCAGCAAUUCUAGGGUGAUCACUGGCAAAAGCAUCUGAUCUGUGUACACUAAGAUUCCUUGUCUCCUUUCUAAAGUUCAAGACUACUUCUUUUCAGUUUGGUGGGGGCAUGGGGAGGUGGUGGUAAUUUGGUCUUUAAGCGAACUGUUGUCAAUGAAAACUAAUCUUUCCCUAAUUUUUUUUUUGGUACUUUGAGGCAGCAACUUUUAAGCCUAAAAUCCCUUUGCAGAAAUUUGUCGUAUAUGUAUUUUGAGGUUGCCAAAAGUGACUUCAAAUGAAAGCCUCCUGUGUACAUAUAUAAUGAUAAUGCCUGUGGACAUUUGGGUAAAAUCCUAAAUGCCUUUCCUUUGGAGUGAACCCCAGAAAAUUUACAUCGUCAUGCAUUUUGAUUUUUUGUUUCUUGGAUAUUUUUUAGGGAAAAAUAAUAACUGAGUUUAUUAUUGCCCUUAAUUGGGACUGAAUUUUAUUGAGCCUAAGAUGGUCAAUGACAUACUGACUUUCCUUAGUAGACAUUAGACAUAUUGAAGACCGUAUAAGGCUCUAUCACUUUUAAUUUCCACUUUGAGGAUAUGUCAUAACUGUCAACUAACCUGACUACCAAAUUGUUAUCAGUGGUCACUGUGAUUUGGAUACCACUUGAGGAUGUAGUCAGUAAGUUCAUAGUCACAUUGAUGCACAACUUAGUUUAUCCCAGAGGAAUUUUCUUUAGGAUGCAUUUCAAGUCCUGUCAACUUAUUCCCAGACUUCAUCAUUUUAGCACUAGCCUUUACUUUGCAUUUGUUCCAAUAAUUUCUUGGUGUAGAUGUCCACCAAAAAAAACCUUGAAAUCCCUUCACAUUUUUUAAGCUGAUUAUUAUUUUGGAUUUUUACAUAAAGAAAAUGGGGAAGUUUUAAGAGUACCACCAAAUGUAUUUAUUUAGCUUGGAUUAAAUGUUCUUUGUCCCUUUGUAAGCAGAAGCAGUAAAUCUCUAAUGACUGAUUAUCAUCUCUAAAGCUGUUAAGAUGUAGAUACAAGAGAGGCCUGCAAAACAAUGGAUGCAAAAGUAAAUAGUUGUUCAAUUAGGAGCAUCUUCAAAAAAUGGUUCAAAAAGCAUCACGAAGGAGAAUUUCAUUGAGGGUAGCAUUCUUGGUAAAACUGUGGAGAAUUGUGCCUAUAAUCCCAGCGCUCAGAAAACUGAAGCAGGAAAAUUACAAGUUUGAGGCCAGCCUAGGCUAAAUAGUGAGUUCCAACUAACCCGGGCUAGAGUUGAGCCCAUGUGUCAUGAAACAAAAACUAACAAAAAGAAAAACCUCUGUAGCAUCAUUUGAAGAGGCAAAGGCUAUCCAUUGAUGACUGAUGAUAUGCAUGUUGGUGGACAACCUAUCAAAUUUUUCUGACCCCAAAGAAGCAGAUUUGCCUACUAAGUAAAGAUUUGGAAUGCUAAACAAUCUCUCCCCCUUGCUGAAUCUUAAAAACUGGUAAAAAAAAAAUUCUUAGCCCUAAUUUUUUUCAGGUAGAAAAAUCCUAUCCAUACAUGUAACACACUUGAUGAGCACUCUAGAAUAUCAGAUUUCAGUGCUGCAGAAGUCAAACCAAUAUCAUUUAUGUGAUUUUGGAAACUGGCAUUUUGAAAAUGCCUUAUUUGUAACUGUUCUGGAGAAAGGAGUCCCAUCACCAGGGAUGCUCAUGCUGAUACAAAUUGUCUGCAAAGUCUUGGCAAGACAUGUAAAAACCCUGUUUGACACUAUGCAACAGUUAUUUUUGUAACCUCUGUAUUUCUGGGGGUUUGUGCCUGUGCUGAAUGAAGACAUCCUGUGCACAUGCUCAUGGAGAAAGCUUGAUGUAUGUGUGCACAUAUCUCAAAGUGUUGGCACGACAAACACCAGUUGGUAAUCCUUUUAUUAAAGCUUAAGAAUGCCCAGGGUAUCUUCCAGUCAUGAUCUUCAGAUUUUAAUCCCCUUAUACAAAUCUGCCUGGCUGUCCUCUGAACUGACCACUGAUGGUUUCUGGUUUUACUUGGCCUGAGUUAAUAUUUUAAAGAACCUUCAAAAUACGUUGAUAAACUAAUUAGACUGGACUGAGCCUUAUACAAUGGAAAUACAGAUUUUAAAUAUUUGGUGGUUUCAGUUUGGCCAAAAUGACGUAGCCUGCUUCAGGUACAGUCUAAGCCCAGGACUUUCCUGUUCCUUGCUGCUUGUGGUAAGGAAAUGUAAAGGGAAAUCACCAAGAGAUCACUCUGUCCAGCUCUAUGAAAGGAGGGCCAAAAAGGGGGGGCAGGAAAACAGGAAUAUACCAAAGUUGUUUAGCCUCCAGCUAAAAUUUUCUUAGUCAACUGGUAGAUGUUCCUAUGCUAACUUCCCUUUGUUAUAUACAAUGUUGACUAAGUUCAGGAAUAUAUUCUUUACAGUGCUUGCUCUGGUUUUAGAGACUAGAGAAUUUUGAGAUCCUGUGAAGUUUACUAAGACAUUUCAAUAAAAUCCUGCUGACUACUUUUCUUCAUAGUUCA